CCUCACGUUCAAACAAGCGGAACAGAGACAGCUUUGGAUUUGAGUCAAGACCAAUGGCAGGCUGUCUGACAGAGUUGAUCACAGCAUGUUCCAACCUCACACUGUCAGUCUCUGCCCUGUACACAGCAUAUCAGCUCUUCAAGGACCACAGAGCUCCAGCGGUGGGUUUCUUUCUGCUUGGUCUCUCCUCAGGCCUCUGCACCCUGCCUCUCUCCUUCAGCCCAUACCUGACSUCUGUACAGGGGGACCUGGAGUGGGCCGGCGAGGUCCUGGCUCCACCGCUGGUCUCCUUCGGCUUCCUGUGGCUCAGCGAAGACCGCAKCACAGCCAACAUCCUCCUUAUUGGCUCAGCUCUCCUCCCGGUGCUCUGCGAUUGGCUGUCAGCGGACGAGUUGAUGCUGAUGUCWCGCUGUCUGGCCCUGUCUGCCAUCUCCUGCUCGCUCACUGUGUGUCUGUUUGCGGGAAACGCUGUCGGGGCCCUGGCCAGUGUGGCCCUCAGCCUGCCCCAAAUGGUGGCCCCCAGGGUGGGGGUCAAGACUCUGGCUCCCCUUGUCUCUCCUGGGGCCACUGUGGGACUGCUUAAGUGGCUCCUGAAGGGCUCCAUGGCAGUAGGGUGCUGGGCCUCUGAGAAGGCACUUAGCAAGUACCUGUUGGAACUGAAGGAACUGGACUCACCAUUUUAACUUAUUACCACUGUAACACAGGGUUUCCCCAAACUCAGUCCUCAGGACCCCGGGGUAUUAGAUUCACUUUUCCUUAGC